AUGGUCAACCAAACACAAGCCAACGUUGGAACUGGUAAUGGUAAACGGACCGAUCCAGAACAUUUUCGCGUUUUUUGCAUUUGCUUUACUAAAACAGCCAUUCGUAAAAGUGACUUGAACAACGACGGUCGACUGGAUCUUGCUGUAGCAAACUAUCUCGGCAACAAUGUAGGUAUACUUCUUGGAUAUGGUAACGGAAGUUUUGCACAGCAAACAACAUAUUCAACUGGCGAUGGUUUCGAUACAUGGAUGAUUACUAUCGGUGAUUUGAACAACGACAAUAUGCCGGAUAUUCUUGUUACCAAUUACGGCGCUGACAGUGUAGGCAUCUUUUUCGGGUAUGGUGAUGGAAGUUUUACUAGCCAGAUGAUAUUUCCAACUGGAAUUGGUUCUAAACCGAUUGCGGCCGCCAUUUGGGAUUUCAACAGCGACAAUCGAUCUGAUAUUGUGGUAGUCAAUUAUAAUUCCGACAAUGUCAUUCUACUCCUUCGGGAUAGUAGUCAACCUUUUCUAACCAUGACGACGUUUUUGACCGGAAAAAAUUCUAAUCUACAAUAUAUGGCUAUUGCAGACGUCAACAAAGAUAAUUUCCUGGAUAUUAUCGUCGCCAACAAUGGCAAUGAUAAUAUAGGUAUAUUGCUUGGAUAUGGUAAUGGGAGUCUGAUGAAGCAAAUUACAUACGCAACUGGAAAUGGAUCCAGCCCUAGCUCAGUUGCCGUUGGUGAUUUCAACAAUGACAGCCUGGCAGAUAUUGCUGUUGCCAAUACUGGUGCAAAUAAUGUCGGUAUUCUUCUUGGAUAUGGGAAUGGAACAUUUUCUGCUAUAACAUCAUAUUCAACUGGAAACGUUUCUAACCCGUACUCAGUCUCUGUGGCUGACUUCAAUAACGAUAAGUGUCUUGACAUGGCUGUCUCUAAUUUGGGCUCUAAAAGUGUACAGGUCAAACAAACCGAUCAUGGUUCAUCAUUUUGGCCACGAUUUAGUCUCGUGUUCGUGAACGAUGUAGGUCAAAAUUUCGUAAUAUGCGACAAAUGUCGAACAAUUGUUACCUAUAAAAGUUCAACUGGUACUGGUGGUUUAAAGAAACAUUUAGCAUCAUGUGACAAAAUUACAUUAUCAAAUACUACACAAUCAAUUAUAACAACAUAUUAUACUGCUAGCAAACCAUCAAUUAUACCAGAAAAAAUUAAAAAAGAAGUAACUAAUGCUUAUCUUGAAUUUAUUGCAUUGGAUGGUCGGCCAUUUGAAAUUGUAUCCCGAAUAGGCUUUAAGAAUAUGCUUGAAACAAUUUUCAAGGCAGGAAAAAUAACAGCUAAUUCACAAUCAACUGAAAUUUCAGAUUUGUUACCACAUCCAACAACAGUUAGUCGUAAAGUUGAUCAAGUUUAUAGUUUUUGA